AUGCUGCCGGUCCCUCUGAUCCGCCUCCAGUGCGGCGUCAAUUCGUACGAAUGGGGCAAAACAGGUUCUGAAUCGGCUGCUGCGCGCUUCGCUGCCACGACGCCCGCCGAUGGCUUCGAAGUCAAGUCUGACCAGCCCUACGCUGAGCUUUGGAUGGGCACACAUCCCUCCAACCCUUCCAAAGACGUCAAGUCCGGUCGCUCGCUCGUUGAUCUUUGUGCCGACAAUGCCCAGCUUCUGUCGACGACCGUCUCUGCUAAGUACGGCAACAAGCUGCCCUUCCUCUUCAAAGUCUUAUCGAUCAACAAGGCCCUCUCGAUCCAGGCCCACCCCAACAAGAAGUUGGCCGAACAACUGCACGCCCGCGACUCCAAGAACUACCCCGAUGACAACCACAAGCCCGAGAUGACCAUCGCCAUCACCCCCUUCGAGGGCCUCUGCGGCUUCAGACCACUCGCUGAGAUAGUCCACUUCCUCGAGUCUGUGCCGCCGUUGAAAGCCAUCGUCAAGAAUCACAAGGCGGAUGAGUUUAUCGACACCGUCAAGGGCUCGGAAGAAGACAGCUCUCAGGAGGCCAAAGACCGCAACAAGACGGCUCUCCAACACAUCUUCGCCUCCCUCAUGUCCGCCACACCCGAGGAAAUCAAGAAGGAAACGGCCAACCUUGUCUCCCUCGCCCGGUCCGAGGGAUCUUCCUUUGCAGCUUCGGGUCUGCCCUCCACUCCUGGCUCCGUCCUCGCCGAACUCGUCACCCGUCUCAACAGCCAAUUCCCGGAUGAUAUUGGUCUCUUUGUCUUCUUCUUCUUGAACUACAUCACCCUGUCCCCUGGCGAGGCCAUGUUCCUCCAGGCCGACGACAUUCAUGCCUACCUUUCUGGCGACAUCAUCGAGUGCAUGGCUGCCUCUGACAACGUUGUGCGCGCCGGCUUUACACCCAAGUUCAAGGAUGUUUCGACCCUCGUGGACAUGCUCACCUACAACUACGCCCCCAUUGACGACCAGAAGAUGGCCCCCCAAGACUACCCGUACGCCACGCUCAAUCGCGCCGGCUACUCCUCAGGGUCCAUCGUCGCCUUGUACGACCCGCCCAUUGACGAAUUCAGCGUCGUCCGCAGCGUUCUCAAGGGCGAUGCCGCCAAGGCCACCUUUGAGCCUCUCGAUGGGCCGAGCAUCAUCAUCUGCACCUCUGGCCGCGGCACCAUCGCCGUCGGCCCGACGGUUGAGAAGAUCAGCGAGGGCCAUGUCUACUUUGUGGGCUCCACCGCUGAACUCGUCCUGCAGUCCGAGGGUGGCGAGGACGAUGAGUUUGUCACUUUCAAGGCGUUCUGCGAGGUGGACGAAAAGACGCCACAAAAGCUGUAA